AUGCGUGUGUCAACUUUCCUUACCGCCGCUCUCGCGGCCACCCCCAUCAUUGCCUACCCCGGCAUGAAGAACACCUUUGCCGAGAUCCGCUCCCGCGCCGAUGUAGACGGCAACGGCGCCGACGACGGUGACUCCAACGAGGUCAUUGGCGACCUCGCAACCCUCGACGACUCCAAACUCACCACCGUCGGCAAGAGCGUUAAGCAGCUUCUUACUGGUUUCGAUAAUCCCGAGAGUGACGAAGCCUACUCAACUUCUGCGAGAUCCAGCAACCUCGCACCAAAGGGCUCCGCGGCGUGCGCCGCUGAUACCUGCUGUAUCUGGAAAUACAUCGCCAACGAUCUUCAGGCCGUCUUCAGGGGCAGUUCUGGCCGCUGCACCGACUUCGCCCGCGCCGCUGUCCGUCUGGGUUUCCACGAUGCCGGAGGCUGGUCCAAGGGCACCGGCAACCUCGGCGGAGCUGAUGGAUCGAUUAUCCUCGCUGCUGAGGAGAUGACACGCGCAGAGAACCUCGGUCUCGGGGAGAUUGUUGCCCAGACCAAGGUUUGGUACGACCAGUACAAGCAGUAUGGCAUCGGAAUGGCCGAUCUCAUUCAAUUUUCUGCGACCGUGGCCACUGUCGUCUGCCCCUUGGGCCCUCGCAUUCGCACCUACGUUGGCCGCAAGGACUCCUCCGUCCCGGCCCCCAUGAACCUUCUUCCUCCGGUCACCGGCUCUGCCGACUUCUUGAUUGAGCUCUUUGAGAAUAAGACCAUCAAGCCCCACGGUCUCACCGCACUCAUCGGCGCCCACACCACCAGCCAGCAGCGCUUCGUGGACCCCAGCCGCGCCGGCGACCCGCAAGAUAGCACCCCCGGCGUCUGGGACGUCAAGUUCUACAAGGAGACACUCGGCUUUGCGCCCGCUCGUGUCUUCAAGUUCGCCAGCGACAUCGUCCUCUCAAAGGACUCCCGCAUGAGUGCCGAGUUCCAGGCCUUCGCCGGUCCGGGUGGACAGUCUCACUGGAACGGGGACUACGCCCGCGAGUACAUCCGUCUCUCUCUCCUCGGCGUCUUCAACAUUAACGACUUGACCGAGUGCACCAAGGCCCUGCCUCCUCGUACUGGAAGCACCUUCAAUGCUCCCGACCAGGCUGUUUUGGACAAGUGGCUCGCUACCAAGGAUCGUAUCGACAAGAUUGCUGACCAGUUGAGGAAUGGUGGCGAUAUCAACAGCAUGAUCAACUCUGUUAUGAGCUGGUUGAAGGGAGUCUUCCAUUUCAGGUGGUAA